UUCACCCUUAGCAAUACCAUUGUCGAUAUAAAUAAUUUUGCAAUCUAAGUUUUCUUAACAUCACCACAAGAAAAACUAAGAUUAUAAUUCUCUCUUGCAUUGGCGUUAUCUUGUCUUCAGUCAAGAUUUUUCUUUCAGCUAGUUAAAUGGGGCGUUACUUUCUGACAACAUUAUAUGCUCUUCUGCUUUUGUUGCAUGCAUCAGACUUUGCUCUCGGAUUCAUAAGUGCUGAAGCAAAGUGCAGAGAGAAGGAGAGACAGGCACUCUUGAACUUCAAACAAAGCCUCAUAGAUGACUAUGGCAUACUCUCUACAUGGACAUACGAUCAAAAUAAUACAGAUUGCUGCAAUUGGAAAGGCAUUCAAUGCAACCAUCAAACUGGUAAUGUUCAUCUACUUGAUCUUCACGGUAAAGAUUCACACUAUUUGAAAGGUCCAAUCAAUCUCUCUUCAUUGAUUCACUUGCAAUAUAUUCAACAACUAGACCUCAGCAAUAACGAUUUUCUGUGGAAUCACAUCCCACAAGCCAUUGGCUCUUUCAACAACUUACAAUAUCUCAACCUCUCAUUUUCUCAAUUUAGUGGGAGGAUUCCUUUCCAACUUGGAAAUCUUUCAAAACUAAGGUAUCUUGACCUUAGAACAAAUUUUCUUCAGGGAUCAGUUCCUUUUCAGAUUGGGAAUCUUAGACAGUUACAGUAUCUUGAUCUUGGAGCGAAUUCUCUAUCAGGAGAAAUCCCAUUUCAACUUAGUAAUCUCCACCAGCUGCAAUAUCUUGAUCUUGGAUGGAAUUAUCUGUCUGGAGCCAUCCCUUUUCGGAAUGGGGAUCUUCCUAACUUACAGACUCUUUGUAUAAGUGGUGAUUUAGACAUAGAAGCUGAGGAUUCAGAGUGGUUGUCUAAUCUCCACUCCUUAACAACUCUAGGGUUGAGGUCAUUGCAUAAUCUCAGCACCUCGCGCCAUUGGCUACAAGCUAUAAAUAUGCUCAUUCCAAACUUAAUACAGUUGAGGCUUGUUGAUUGUUCUCUUUCUGAUACUAAUAUCAAAUCUUUGUUCCAUCCUCGUUCCAACUUUUCAACAUCUCUUACUGUCCUUGAUCUGUGUUUUAAUGUGUUAACUUCCUCAGCAUUUCAACUCUUAUUCAAUUUUAGCCUUCAUCUACAAGAACUUUAUCUCACAGAUAAUGACAUUGCUUUGUCAUCUUUUCUUUAUCCAAAUUUUCCAUCUCUUCGUAUCCUUGAUCUCUCUAGAAAUAAUCUAACAUCAUCAGUAUUUCAAGACGAUUUUAAAUUUGGCUCCAAUCUACGAGACCUUCGUCUGUAUAACUGCAGUCUUACAGAUCGAAGUUUUCCUGUUUCGUAUGCUUCCACAAUUAAUUCUUCAUCUUCUCUUGCCAUACUUGGUCUUUCCUCAAAUCUAUUGAAAUCAUCUACUGUGUUUUACUGGCUGGUGAACAGCACAAAGAAUCUUCAGACCCUUAACCUUUGUGACAACAUGUUAGAAGGUCCAAUUCCGGAAGGAUUUGGAAAAGUAAUGAACUCUCUUGAACACUUUUAUGUCUUCAACAACAGACUACAAGGCAAGAUUCCAUCUUUCUUUGGAAACAUGUGUAGAUUGCAGACCUUAGACCUCUCAAAUAACAAGUUGAAUGGGGAAAUUUCUCAUUUCUUUCAAAAUUCUUCAUGGUGCAAUAGACACAUAUUACAAAAUUUGGUUUUAUCAUAUAACCAAAUUACUGGCAAGAUACCAAAAAGCAUCAAAUUGCUAUCUGAGUUGGAGUAUUUACACUUGGAUUGGAAUUAUUUAGAGGGUGAUGUCACUGAAUCUCAUCUUUCUAAAUUUUCCAAAUUAUUGCACUUAGACUUGUCAUAUAACUCAUUGUCUCUAAAAUUUGAUUCCAAAUGGGUUCCUCCUUUUCAAUUAAAUUACUUGUAUCUUGCAUCUUGCAAGCUAGGUCCGAGUUUUCCUGGUUGGCUCCAGACACAAAAUUCCUUAAUGUGGCUAGAUAUAACUGAUAAUGAGCUUAAUGAUUCUGUACCAGCAUGGUUUUGGAACAAGUUGCAAAAUUUGGAAUGGUUAAACAUGUCUCACAAUAAUCUCAAUGGUGCAAUUCCUGAUAUACCAUUAAAGCUCCCUUAUAAACCAUCUAUAAUUCUGAAUUCAAAUCAAUUUGAGGGUACACUUCCACCAUUUUUGCUACAAGCUUCAGAGCUGUUAUUCUCUAAAAAUACAUUUUCAGAUUUGUAUUCUUUUUUAUGUAACCAAAUCAUUGCUCCGAAUUUGGCAACUUUAGAUUUAUCUAACAAUCACAUAACGGGACAAAUUCCUGAUUGUUGGCAAUCUUUAGACCAAUUACUAUUUCUUGAUUUGAGCAAGAAUAAGUUGUCUGGGAAUAUUCCCAUCUCCAUGGGGAAACUUGUUAAAUUAGAAGCAUUGGUUUUACGAAAGAAUAACUUAACAGGUGGACUGCAUUCCAGUUUGAAGAAUUGCACUAAGUUAAUUAUGGUGGAUGUGAGUGAAAAUAAUUUGUCUGGUCGAAUACCAUCAUGGAUUGGAGAAAGUAUGCAGCAAUUGAUAAUCUUGAACAUGCAAGGGAAUCACUUCUCUGAACAUUUUCCAAUUCAACUUUGUUAUUUAAGGCAUAUUCAAUUGUUGAAUCUGUCCGGGAAUAAAUUAUCAAAAGCAAUUCCAACAUGCUUAAAGAAUUUUACAGCCAUGUCUGAAAAGAGCAUCAACAGAACUGAAACUCAACGCCUUAUAUAUGGGAACAAUAUUAGUGAUUGGGAAAUCUAUGGUCCCUUCAUGUUUUUUGACUACACGUUUGACAUAACGUCGAUGUGGAAAGGUGUGGAACAUGUGUUCAGAGAUCCCCAAUUGAAUCUUAAGAGUAUUGAUCUCUCAAGCAAUAAUUUCACAGGUGAAAUACCAAAAGAAGUUGUUUAUUUGUUUGGGAUUGUUUCUUUAAAUUUAUCGAGAAACAAUUUGAUUGGAGAAAUUCCUUCUGAGAUUGGAAAUCUAAGUUCACUUGAAUCUCUUGACUUGUCAAGAAAUCAUUUGCAUGGGAAAAUUCCAUCUUCUCUUUCUCAACUUGAUUUCUUAGGAAAAUUAGACUUGUCAUACAACUCUUUUUCUGGAAGGAUUCCAUUGGGAAGACAUUUGCAGACCUUUGAAGACUCAAGUUUUGAAGGAAAUAUUGAUCUUUGUGGUGAACAACUCAACAAAAGUUGUCCGGGAGACCAUACAACAGCAAAGCUAAAAGAAGCAGUAGAAGGUGAUAGGGAUGAUUUUGUUUUCUAUGAAGCAUUAUACAUGAGCAUGGGUCUAGGGUUCUUUGCAGGAUUUUGGGGCUUAAUAGGGCCAAUUCUAAUUUGGAAACCUUGGAGAAUUGCUUACCUAAGGUUCUUGAACAGAUUGACAACUGAGAUACAGCUAUGCUGAAUAUGCCAAAUUUCUGCAAAUGGAUCAAAGCUAGGGUAGCAGGUGGCUAGUUUUUGACAUUUUGCUUGUGUUUCCUCUUUCAAAUUUGAAGCAGGGGACUCUGUACUAGAUCUUGUGUCAAUUGUGGUUUAAAUGUUUUCUCAUAAAGCGUUGCAAAAGGUUGUUCUCCAUAUGAAACACGUUUCUUCAUUGAUAAUUAUGUAUCUUUUGACUUCAAAUAUGCUUGUAACUUUUAACUUUUGUUUUAUGAUUAAUUCUUUUUAUUAGGAAA